AUGAAGCGACUGCUGAUCCUCGCUGCACUCGCCAGUGCCGUCGACGCCGCCACUGUCCGUCCCGCCCUCGCGGCGGUCGCCUCUCCGCGCGUCGACUUGGUGGCAGCAAAGCACGUGGAGCCGGCGCCUGCGGCCAAGCUCCUCGAGGUGAGCAAGUCGGCCGCGAUGGAGACGAUCCUCCUCCUCGCGUUCCUGCGCGCCGCUGCCGAGGUGGUUUCACGGGCAAGUGGCGAGCGGUCCAAGUUUUGGAUUGGGCAGCUUGCGUGGGUUGUGGUCGUGCAGGGCUCGUCGCGACUGCAGGGCUACAUGCAGUCGAAUACGCAGACCCUCUCGCCCGAGUGGUAUGAUAAGCUGGUAAAGCCAAACUGGAACCCUCCGGCCUGGCUCUUUCCGGUGAUGUGGAUCCCGAUCAAGCUGGCUCAGACGGCGGCCGCCGGGAUCACGUGGCGUGCGCUGGGGCACCGCACUUUCUCCGCUGCGCCAGUCGUCAUGUUUUUGCUGCACCUCUCCCUCGGCGACAUCUGGAACGUGCAAUUCUUCCUCAAGCAACGCAAGCUCACCGGCCUCCUGGUUAUAUACACCUUCUGGGCCGCACUAAUCGCUUCUGCAGUCCUCAUCGGACGCACCUCGCUCUUGGCGGGAGCGCUUGUCGCCCCGGGGGUUGCGUGGGUCGCGGUUGCGGCCGCUCUCAACCUCGACAUCUGGUAUCUCAACCGGCACACGUGA